AUGCCGGGGCCAGCGCAGAUCUGGACCCUGCAGGCCCAGCCGCCGGCGCUAGGAACCCGCGCACUGCCGCCCUCUGGGGGCCGCGGCCGCUGGCUUUGCUUUACCCAGAAAACUGUUGACGGACAGCUUUACUCGCACCGCCCUCCCUUCGUCGGCUCGAGCAAGACCCCGGUGAUCCGACAGCCCUAUAGAUCAGCGUCCGAGAGGGGCUACCUGCAGCUCCACCAGGCAAAUGCCAUUGACGACCCACACUCCGUGAAGCUAGGAGAUCGGGGGGCCCUCCAAGCCAGCCUGUUGUGCAGAAACGAAAGUUCCCCAGAAGAAGAGGCCCACCGGCUCCUGACCGAAUACUCAAACGGCUUCCGGGUCUCCCAGGUGUUUUUUGCCGCCUGUGAGCUGGGGGUGUUCGACCUGCUCCCCAAGGCCCCGGAUGGCUCAGCUGUGAUGGCUGCACGUCUGGGCCCUGGCUCCCACAGGACGGAGCUUCUAUUGGACGCCUGUGCGUCCCUGAAGCUGUACCAAGUGGAAACACGGAGAGGAGAAGGUUUGUAUUCCAACACCGAGCUGUCCAGCACCUACCCGGCCAGGGCCAGCUGCACCUGCCAGUGCGCCGUGCUUCUGUCCAUGGCGGGGACCACCUCCGGGUGCUGGAGCCACCUCAUGGGUUGUAGGCUGUGCGGGCCGGCAGGCUCCCCGGGCUGCCUUCCGGGCCUCCGAGCACCCGGAGGGCCAGUUUUCCUGCAGAACCAGACCCGACAUGGCUCCACUUGGGCCCCCAGGACCUGUUCUCCUUCCCCAGAUGAAUUUGCUCAGUUGGAAAUGGGCUUCCAGAGGAGGACGACGCCUUCCAACCAUGCGCCACGGCUCCCGCAGCUGGGCGCACGCUGGGGGCUGACCGAGGGGCCCACCAUCCCAGACCUGCAGGAGGCCUGGAGCGUCCAUGGGAGAUGUGUGCUCACCGCCUCUGACCCGUCACUGUUGCGUGUCAUCUGUGACCUCGGGGGUGGCAGCGUCCUUGUAAUCGGAAGCCUGCUGGACGUGGAUGCAUGGGGGCCCCCCACCACACAGCUGUACUAGCUCAACAUGCUGGUGCACAUGGGGGGCUGGGAGAGGAUGUUCGCCCAGUUUCCCUCCUUCCUGGCAUCCGCAGGCUUCUGGGACCCCCAGAGCAGGAGCCCCCCGGGCAUCUAUGGGAUCAUCCUGGCCAGGAAGUAA